AUGGCAAGCACUUGCAGAUUAUGUGUUCUCGUUAUAGUAAGUGUAUUCUUGCUUGGUUUUAGUGCGUUGUUUGUCUAUAUUCUUUAUGGUUUAGUGUGUAUAACUGGUACAUCAAUUACGAAGAGCCAUGGGAGCCCUGAUAAGUGCGUCCCGUCUGCCUGCGGUACCAUCAACAACAUAAUCAGCCCCUUUCGACUAGCCAACGAUACAAAUCAAAGCAACUGCACGAACUGGGAUUACUACUACUACAACCUCUAUUGUGACAACAACCUCACAGUAUUGACAAUAAAUCGGGGAAAAUACUAUGUGCAGGCAAUCAACUACGACAACUUCACAAUCCGAGUUGUAGAUCCUGGCAUUCGCAACAAUGACUUCUCCUUCAUCCCCCGUUAUUCGCUUUCCAUUUACAACUUAACUUCUCAUCUUCAAUUAGCAUCAAGUACAACACCUAUAACUUUCUUCAAGUGUGCAAAAGCAGUGAACUCGUCUGCGAUGAGUACGUAUAAUUAUGUCAAGCAAGGGAGUAUAACGGCAUCAGAUAUGGAGGACGGGUGCAGAAUAGAGUGGACGACUUUGAUGAGUAAGUCGUUCUUGUACGAAACGGACAGAAACUUUUCUUAUCAUGACAUACAUAACGCACUGGGGUAUGGCUUUGAGCUUCAAUUCCGCUUUCUCAAGGCCCGCUACAAAUUAGGUUUGUGA